AUGGGUGAGAAAAAAAAUAGCAGUCACUUGCUCCUCUCAUCAUCCAAGUACGAAAACGUCUUCCUCUCUUCAUCCUCCACCACUACAACCCCUUCUCCCUGCCCCUCACCUCGCUCCCUGCUUUCCCCGUCCCUAUUCCCCCAUUUCUACUCUCCCCGUUCCAAUUCUCCCUGUCCCUACUCUCCCUGUUCCUACUAUUCACGUCCCUACUCUCCCCGUACCUUCUCUCCCCGUGCCUGCUCUCCCCAUCCCUAUUUAUUUUUCCGUGCCUUCUCUCCUUGUCCCUAUUCUCCCCGUCCCUACUCUCCCCGUUCCUCCUCUCCCCGUCCCUACUCUACCCGUCCCUACCCUCCCCGUCCCUACUCUCCCCGUCCCUGUUCUCUUCUUCCCGUACCUACUCUCCCCGUCCCUAUUCUCCCCGCUCCUACGCUCUCCAUCCCAACUCUUCCUGCACCUACUCUUCCGGUUCCCUACAUUCCCCGUCCCUGCUCUCCCCGUCCCUUCUCUCCCCGUCCCUACUCUCCCCGUCCUUUCUCUCCCCGUCCUUUCUCUCCCCGUCCCUACUCUCCCCGUGCCUACUCUCCCCAUCCCUUCUCUUCCCGUCCCUACUCUCCCCGUCCCUGCUCUCCACGUCCCUUCUAUCCCCGUCCUUUCUCUCCCCAUGCCUACUCUCCCCGUCCAAACUAUCCCAGUCCCUACUACUGUUCCUGUCCCCACUCUCUCCGUCCAUACUCUCCCCGUCCCUACUCUCCCCCGUCCCAACACUCCACGUCCCUACUCUCCCCGUCCCUAUUGUUCCUGUAA